GUGGCGGCAGGGGCGGUCUGCGGGGUAUGAAGGCGGCGGCGCCGCGGCCGCAGCGGCCAUGGGGCAGCACGGACCCCCGGGGCAGGAGGCCCCCGCCCCCCCCGGCAGCGGCAAAGCCCCGGCUCCCAAGGGAGCGUCGAGACAGACCCACUUUUGUCCGCGGCCUGGCGUAAUCUCCGCGGACGGCAGCCAGAACCGCCGGGCUGGGGCGGGCCGGCCGCGCAGCAGCCAAAUCCCAGUCAGGUGAGGAGCUCAGUCCGCAGCUUUUCGCCCGCUAUCUGGGCUGUAGCUGUGGGGAAGCAGCGAGCUAGUGGUGCGGCGGUGAGCUGUCGGGAGGUAUGACACCAAAGCACAAGGUAAUCGCCCUGCCGUUUUCUUUAGUAGCUGAAAGCUGCAGCUAGCAGGUGACUAACGGGGUAUGUUUUCUGCUCUGACUUAAAUGAAGAAAGUGCAUGUGCUGUGGUGUUAAGCAUGGGAAAGCUCUCUGUAGCUACUGUAAGGCUUUAUGAAAGUUGGAUGUUUCUGUCAUAAAGAAGUGAACCAUUGAGAAGAAUCCCAAUGGCUAGAGAUGGAAGGCAAAAAUCUGUGUUUUAAUACAAUAAUAACUUCAUUUCUUUGGCACCUUUUAUUCCUGUAGUGUAGUUUACUAAAUUUUGCAAAGGAAAUCAAAUUCAGCCCAUGCUAAGAAUGGAGUACCAGCCCCUGCUGAGAGGGUCUAGCACACGCAGCAAGUUCCCCAGCUGGACCUUGUUUCUGGCUGUUUGUGCUGUUGGAAUUGGAGGGACCUUUCAGUAUGGGUAUAAUGUUUCCAUUAUCAAUGCACCCACCCAGCAUAUACACAAGUUCUUAAAUGAAACCUGGACUAGUCGUUAUCACAAGGAACUAAAUCCAGAGUUGCUGACUUUUCUUUGGUCUGUCAUUGCUUCUAUAUUUUCGCUUGGAGGCCUGUGUGGAGCCCUUAUUGGAGGCAGCAUGGCAAUUCGUCUAGGCAGGAAAGGAGCUCUUUUGAUGAAUAAUAUUAUAGCAAUACUGGCCUCCAUUUUAAUGGGGAUCAGUUUUCCUACAGGAUUGUUUGAGUUACUGAUUGCUGGAAGGUUUUUGAUUGGCAUAAAUUCAGGUAUUGGGAUCUGUGUGCAGCCUCUGUAUAUUGGAGAGGUUGCCCCAAAACAUCUUAGAGGUGGCAUGGCCAUGGGGAGUUCCAUCUUUCUGACUGGAGGGAUUCUGACAGGACAAAUAAUUGGUUUGAGGGAAUUACUAGGUGGAGAAACGUACUGGCCUCUGUUGCUAUCCAGCAGCUGUUUCCCAGCAUUUGCCCAACUUCUAUUCCUGCCAUGGUUUCCUGAAAGUCCCAGAUAUCUUCUUAUUGACAGAGGUGAUGAGCUGAGCUGUGCCAAAGCUUUGAAACGAUUUCAUGGUUCUUCAGAGUAUCGAAGGGAGAUGGAAGAUAUACAGCAGGAAUGUUUUGCCUUAGACGGGGAGAAACCCAAGAAGCCCUGGCAAUUAUUCACUGAUCGUGGUGUGAGAUGGCAGCUCAUUACUGUGAUUGUGAUGACUAUGGGCCAACAGCUCAGUGGGAUAAAUGCCAUUUAUUUCUAUGCAACUUACAUUUUUGAACAAGCUGGGAUCUCAGCAGAAAAAAUCCCGUAUGUGACACUUGGCACUGGAGCUUGUGAAUGCCUCACAGCUCUCACCUGUGGUUUACUGAUAGACUACGUGGGAAGAAGAUACCUCAUCAUUGGGGGUUACCUCCUUAUGACCCUUUGGAGCAUUGUUUUAACGUUCUCUCUGACUUACCAGGAACUAUACUCAUGGGUGCCUUAUGUGAGCAUGACAUCUAUAUUUGCCUUCAUCUUGAGUUUUGGGUUGGGACCAGGUGGCAUAACAAAUACCCUGACAGCUGAAUUAUUUAUACAGUCUUCACGUCCUGCUGCCUACAUGAUAGGAGGGACUAUUAGUUGGAUUAGUUUCUUCACAAUUGGAAUGCUCUUUCCCUUUAUAGUGAAUGGACUGAAGCAGUAUUGUUUUCUGGUGUUCUUAUUGGAGUGCUCCUUAGUUGCUGCUUUCAUCUUCCUCAUAAUUCCUGAGACAAAAAACAAAUCUUUUCUGGAAAUCAAAAAGGAAUUUCACAAGCUUAAUUUUGGAAGAAAUACCAAAAAAAAGGAAACAGAGCUUUAUGAAAGAAGACAACUCCAUGAUGAAUUUUAAAAUUUGUGUAAUUUCACAGCUGUAACAGAACUUUAAUAAGAAUUACAAACAGCAUCUUCUAAAUUAGCAGUGUAAUACCAUGAACAAGUAGCUUAUUAAAUCCUCCUGUAUAUUUGGAGGAAGUUUAAAGGCAGGUUAAUCUUUCUGAAAUGCUGUUAAAACAUAUAUUGCUGAAAUGCUAUUAACAACAUAUUAUAUUAUACAUAGGAGAUGAUGUUUAACUACAACUUGAUAUUGUAGGGACAC